AUGACUUCGCUCUCCACCGCUCUUGACACCCGCGUGCAGCCCCGGCAAGCAUCGAUAUCCCAAGCUGGAUUGAGCAAUCGACAGCAUCUCCCCGACUUUGCCCGUGCGAUCCAAUCCGUCCAACCAGUAAUUCCCGUCGCCAAGACUAGCAAGGCCGCUGCUCCUGAUAGUGCUCCAGCAACUGGCUUCAAAUCUAUUGUGAAGCACCUGUUUUCCUCCAUCGACUACGCCUCUUUCUACGCGCAAGAAAUCGAUGAGAUCUUCGAGGACCCACGGAUGGUGAUCAAGCCCGGCAGAUUUGCGCUGGAUGUGUGCGGCUAUGCGGUCAAUGCCGCGUCUGCGCAUGAAUACGAGGACUUGCAACAAGAGUGGAAGAGCCUACUGGAAGACAAGGUCUCGACAUGGAACCUCUAUGCAGGCAUUGAGGCGGCAUUUGCUGUGUUUAUCUAUGUCUCGAUACAAAUCACCGACAAUACGGAUUCCGUCUCGUACUGUGUCGCAUAUCUCGCUCUGAUCUCAGUUGGCGUUGGUGUCGCUGUUAGUCGGCUCCUUGUCAGCUGGCUCAACAAUGAUCAGUGCAAGACCUACCAUUACGCAUUGCAUAUCAAGACGCGCAGGAUCGGCAACCAAUCCAGACUCUACCCCUCUCACGAGGUACUAUUCUCGAUCGCAUUCUGGACGCUGCUCUGGUGUACUCUGUGUGCAGCCACAGCAUUCCUGUACUCGUUUCUCCAGACUACCAAUGGUGUGGUCCGCGUGGCGCACUCCGCGGCAUUUGCCAUAGCCGCACGGGCCAUGAUGGGGUGCAUCUUGCUUGCUGGGGCUAGCUGCCUUUGGCUCAUCCAACGCGAAUUCCGUGCCUGUCAAGCAGACACAAGAGUGUGUAAACGUUUACGUCAGACUCCGAGCCCUUGA